UUAUUGGUGGCGUAGAAGAAGACAACGUGGAAGCCGUUGCCCAGUGUGUCUCAUAUGUACCAUAAGUUGCACUCGGCGAUGGAUUCUUUAAAACAAAACGACACCGCGAACAGUUGCUCACAAGGCGCAAACCUCGACGCCCAAGACGGAGAAGACAAACAGUUCUGUCCCGGUUAUAAAGACGUCGAUGCCUUCGUUAAAUAUGGGUUGGGUUCAGUGUUGUUGGCCACCAAAGCAUCUAGCGGCUUGCCUCAAACUGGGGACGAGUUCGAUUUCUAUCGCAGCUUCCCUGGUUUCCAGGAGUUCUGUGAAGUUCAAGGAGAUAAGCUCUUGCUCUGCAUGAGUCAAAUCAUGCAACAUCACAGCUGCCGAUCUCGUAUGAGAGACCGCGAUAAACUCACCGGGCUUGAGGAGAGGUUUGACUUGGUCGUGGACGCCAACGAUGUUAUCCUGGAGAAAGUGGGGAUUCUUCUGGAUGAGGCUGAUGGCGUGAACAGGAGCCAGCAGCCUGUCAUGCCCGCAGGCUUUCAGCCUCCCAAGAUUGUUGUUUCCAGCUGGAAUCGCAAGGGUUCGGGCUCAAGGGGUCGCUCCGAGACGUUCAGACUGCUCCAAGCCAAGAAUAUCCAAAGGCCUCAGCUGAAAUUCAAAGAAAAAGUUGACAACAGCAACACGCCGUUUAUUCCCAAGAUUUUUAUCAAGCCCAAUGCACUGAAACCACUUCCUUCAUAUUUUACCAUCAAACAAAUCCGUAAAGAGAGACCGGAAGAUCUUGAUGUCCCAGCGGCGUUGGCCGACUUUAUUCACCAGCAGCGAACACAAGAACACAUAGAAGAGAUGUUUGUGCACCCUUACCAGUUUGAAUUGGAUCAUCUUACAGUACCGGAUAGCCUUCUGUCCAAGACGGACCCGAAGAUGUACAAACCAAUAGAAGAGACAAGCUGCUCCUUUAUUGAAACACUGGAGGAUCUGGUUGCUCUGAACGAGAAGCUAAACGAAAUGUCCGAAUUUGCAGUGGACCUCGAGCACCAUUCAUACAGGAGCUUCCUGGGAGUCACCUCUCUAAUGCAGAUCUCCACCAGAGAGCAAGACUUCAUCAUUGACACCUUGGAGCUCCGCAGUGAGAUGUACAUCCUGAACGAGGCCUUCACUAACCCCUCUGCAGUCAAAGUGUUUCACGGAGCAGACUCGGACAUCGAGUGGCUCCAGAGGGACUUUGGCUUGUAUGUGGUCAACUUGUUUGACACACACCAGGCCAGUCGAGCGUUAAACCAAGCCAGACAUUCACUCGACCACCUGCUCAAGCACUACUGCAGUGUGGAUUCAGACAAACGCUAUCAGCUUGCUGACUGGAGGAUCCGGCCCCUGCCAGAUGAGAUGGCACUCUAUGCCCGCAGCGACACCCACUAUCUCCUUUACAUCUACGACUGUAUGAAGGCACAGCUCUUAGACUUCAACCACGGCCAGCCUGGUCUGCUACAGAGUGUCUGGAACAGGAGCAAAGACAUUUCCCUGAAGAAAUAUGCAAAGCCAAUAUUCACAGAGGAAUCCUAUCUGGAGGUGCAGAGGAAGCAGAAAAGGUCUUUUAACACACAGCAGCUCACUGCCUUCAGACUACUGUUUGCCUGGAGAGACAAGCUUGCACGGCAGGAAGAUGAAAGCACUGGGUAUGUCCUGCCUACCCACAUGAUGAUCAAGAUAUCUGAGGAGCUGCCCAAAGAGCCUCAAGGCAUCAUUGCCUGCUGUAACCCCAUCCCCCCGCUGGUGAGGCAGCAGGUCAAUGAGCUCCAUUUGUUAGUGCAGGAGGCUAGAGAAAUGCCUCUCCUCAAGGCUGAAAUUGCAAUGCAAAAAACAAAAGGACUCACGCCCAUAAAGAAGCCAGAGGUUACAUUGUUUGGUCCUCAUGAUACAUCCAGGGUCCCUGAGCGCACCGAACCUCACUUUUCUGCUGAUGAACUUCCUGUUAAACAAGGAGUGCUUUUCUCUGAUGAUGACCACAAGUCCGACAACGAUGUUCAAAAAAUAAGUGGUCUUGUGGCAUGUGCCAAAAUUACACUAUUUGAGGAGCCAGAAACAAAAGAAAUCGAAAAGUCCCAUUCUGUGGCUCAAAUGAAAGCCAGACGAAUCAUCGAGUCUUUUGAAAACCCUUUCAGGAUGUACUUGCCUUCGAGUGGUGUGCAUGUCAACAAGAAUGCAAAGUUUGACCCUUCUUCAAAGAUAUUUGAGAUUAGUAAACGAUGGAAACUUCAGACUAUGGAACAGCAGCAGAGGGAGCUGGAGUCAACGAAAAAAGCCAAGGAGGAAGCAAAGCAACAAGCAAAGAAGGCAGCAGAGGAAAGACAUAAGGCUAAAGAAAGCUACAAAGAGUCCCUACAGAACGUGGUCACCAUUCGCCAACAAACUGCUGAAUGUGCAAAAGCGGAUGGAAAGAAACGUGAGAGGGUCCCCAGUGAGGCUGGAGCAUCAACUCCCAAGCUGAGUAAGAAACUGAAAUCUGCAGAGAAGAGCCUUAAGACCGAAACUCCUCAAGAAAGCUUCAAGGCUUUCGACUACAGUCAGUCAGAUCUCAAAGUGUUUUCUGAUACUAAAUCAAAGGACAACUCACAGUUUGAUCCAAACAGGCAAACCCAUGACGCUAAGAAAAAGAAAAUGGCAGCCGGUAAAAAGGGUAAUUCAGGGGCUGGAAAUAGAAGUAUGUCAUACCUAGCCGGAAGCUCAAACAGAAAGACCGAUGCAACAGCUGAGAACUCAAAGGUGUGAGAGUGUCCCCGAACUCUGAGAAUUGGUUUUAUGGAGAAGGACAGUGCUCCUUGCCACACAGCUAGGUCGAUCAAGAAGUGGGUGAAGGACCACCAAAUCCAAACCUUGUCAUGGCCAUCUCAACCUCCAGAUGUAAGCCAAACUGAAAACUUCUGGAAUGUGAUCAAGAGGGCGAUGGAUGGUUACAAGCCAUCAAACAAAGAUGAGCUGCUUUAAUACUUGUGCCAGGAAUGGCAACGAGUGACCUAAGAACAUGCCAAGGCCCAUAAAAGGUGUGGUAGCAAAUUAGAGUUAUUCCACCAAAUAUUGAUUUCUGAACGCUUCCCAAGUUAAAACACUAGUAAUGUGAACAUAUUUUAUCAUUAUUUUAGGUGUAAACUGGACCUUGUUGGUUUGUUGACCAUUUUCCUUUUCUACAAAUCAAUACUCUUAAUGACCAUAUUUGUGUUUGUAAUUUGGAAGUUGUCAGUAGUUGAUAGACGAAAACAAAAAUGUUCAUUUUGCUUUAACAUGGCUGUAAAUGGCAAAAUCAGAGAAAGUGGUAAUUAAUACCACCUUGAACCUAUUGACCCCAUACCGGUGUGAGACUUGUGGAUUGGUUUGCUUUCACUCUUUUGUCCAGUUUAGUUAGUCUGGAGAGUGUGCCUUUUGACCGGUCAAAAGUUUUACAACAUGCCAUUCCAGGUAUUUAUUUAAAUUUUAUUUUUCAUUCAUUCAUCUUCCGUUCCGCUUAUCCUCACUAAGGUUGCGGGCGUGCUGGAGCCUAUCCCAGCUAUCUUCGGAUGAAAGGCGGGGUACACACUGGACUGGUUGCCAGCCAAUCGCAGGGUACAUACAAACAAACAACCAUUCGCACUCACAGUCACACCUACGGCAAUUUAGAGUCUUCAAUUAAUGCAUGUUUUUGGGAUGUGGGAGGAAACCGUAGUGCCCAGAGAAAACCCACGCAGGCACUGGGAGAACAUGCAAACUCCACACAGGCGGGGCUGGGAUUUGAACCCCGGGCCUCAGAACUGUGAGGCACGUGCUAAAUUUUAUUUUAUUUUUUAAAUCUUUUUUGAGGUGGGUGGGGGGGUGUAAUUGAAAGUAAUUUUGUUUAAGUCAAAUGAAUACCAUGAAAUGGUACAAACUAAGAUGUGGUGAACUUUCCAGAGGUUGAAAAAAAUCUAGGCAUGGUUACCCAAAACUGAAAAAUAAUUCACGUACAUUUCAGAAAGGCAUAGUCUCCAGACUUUAACUUUUAACUGAACAAAAUAGUGAAACAAACACAACCUACAAGUGCCACACAGUUACAGUAUGAUAACUUCCAUAAGAGUUUGGAAGAAGUUUCUGAAGAAUAUUUUAUCUCCAUUUUAGAGAUAAUGCCACAAGUGUGUUAGGUAUUGUUAUAUUUGCUCAAUGUGGCUACUUUGAAUCAAGGGUUUGGAAUGAAUAUUUGUUUGAAAAUGUAUUGCAUGAAAAAUUCAUUCCAUGAUUUAUUUUGUAAUAAGAAUAGUUUGUUGUGUGCUUUCAUUUCAGAGUAAAAUAAGAAAUUGAACUGCAUAAAAUGCAUAUUUUUUUUAAUUUUUUUUUUUAAAAAGCUGGAGAAAUUGGGGUGUUCUGAAACUUUUGAUUGGUGGUGGUAUGUAAUAUGUAAUAUGUAUUUACGUGACAUGUUUGAUCAGUUUUUCUAUUUGUGUAAAUAAAAAUAAUGAUCUAUGGUUUUAA